UGAGACAAAUUCUCACUGAAAAGAAUUGUAAGCCUAAGAACACUUAGAUUCACAUCCUCAGGUCAUUCAGAUUUUGUCCUAUUUGAUAACAUACUCAGACAUAACAGUACCAAGGCUUUUUUAGAACUAAGGAAUGAAGACAUUCACUACUGUAUUAUUCCUUGCUGACCUAGAGAAACAUUUUGACUAACUAUGGGAAAAAAAUGUUCUUAUUUAUUCAAGAAAUUCAUUUUAACAUUGUUCUGUGCAAGUUCACAAGAUAAUGACAAAGGAAAAAGGUUAAUGAAUGAAGCACUUGUUGCUUCCUACAGUUACAAUAAUGAAUUUUUCCUAUAUUUAUAUUAUUGUCAUUUGAAAUUACCAAUGCGGCUAGGAAGUUGGCUUCCGCGGUGGUCUCCUGUGUCCGAGAUUCAGCGGGGAAGAAGCGGAGCACGGGCCAUGAGGCAGAAGUACUAUCUUGAGGCUGUGGCGCGAAGCUUACAGGAUAGCUGCCCUGGCCAAGCCCGCUAUCUCCUCUGGACCUACUCUUCGUCGCAUGAUGACAAGAGCACUUUUGAAGAAACGUGUCUGUAUUGUUUCCAGUUGUUGGUUCUGGAUAACUCUCGAGUGCGCCUCAAGCCCAAGGCCAAACUGACACCUAGAAUACAGAAACUUCUUAAUCCAGAAGCUAGAACUCAUACACUUAGUUUUAAAAAAGCAAAAAUAGUGAAAAAGUACAGAGACUCCAAAAAUGUACUGUUGAUUACUUUUAAGACUUGCAACAGAACAGUUAAACAUCAUGGUAAAAGUAGAAGCUUUCUGUCAGCAUUGAAGAAUGUUCCUGCUACUCCUACAAGUAAACUUGGCCCAAAGAGACCAGAAAAAAAGACUUCAAGCUCCACAAAUGUAUCUGAUUCCAAAGGCCAGAGCCCAGCGUUCAUUUUCAGAACACCUACAUCUGGCCAGUCAACACCCAUUUGCUCCUCAAAGAGUGGGAGCAAAAGAAAGAAACACUUCUCUCAACUAAAAAUGUUGCCAGUCAGAGUGAAUCCCAAAAGGAUCCAAAAGUAGACUUCAAAAGUUUCUUAUCUUCACUGUGAAGAUUGGACUUUGAAACUAUGAGAUGUCUACUGUAAUUUUUCUUUCUUUCUUUCUUUCUUUUUGGUGGCACUGGAGGUUGAACUCAGGGCCUUGUGCAUGCCUGGCAGGCACUCUACAGCCUGAGCUGAAAUCACAACCCCAGUCUACUGUGAUUUCAGAACCUUCAAUUAGUAAAACAGUUUGUUUGACUUUUAUUUAUUCUUUGAAUAAAUGGAAACUAGACUCAGAAACAAACAAACAAAAAAAAUUACCAAUGCACAGAAAUUGUUUUCUCAAAGAUUAUUGAGAUUCAUGUACUGGAUUUGAGAAAAUGUUAAAUUUUAAAGUCUAUUCUGAAUUAACAGUAGUAAUUUAGGAAUUACCAACCGUGAAGUGAUGAAUGAGUGAAAUAUGAAGUUACAGGUGCUAGGCAACUGUACCAAUACAUUGAUUUUUUAAGCUAGACCUAUUUUGUAUGAAAAAUUACUAAAUCUAUUAUUUUCUAAUACUUUUCAAAUGUAAUCCAUUAAACAUAUCAAACAUAACUAGUGUUAUAAUAUGCACCAUGAGCUGCACUUUCAAUAGGACAAACAAGACCAAUUCUGUACCCCUGAUUUAUUAGUUAAUAGUAGUGAUGAUUUUGCAUUAGCUUGUUUUAAAACCAAGAUUCUGUCUCAGCUUCAUUACUGUAUUAUCAGAAAUUAUUUGUUACCAUGUCUUGUAAAGGUUUGCUUUAAUGAACAUUGAAUACUACAUCAUAGCAAGAUAGCUUAAACUUGUCAUAACAUUGUAGUUAUUUGCAAUCUUCAGAAUGAUCUGAUUGGAAUAGACAUUUUUUCGUUAACCUGAAAUUAACACUGUAAAAGACAAAUUAUUUGUAGCUACGGCAAAAGGAUAAGUAGUCACCUAGUCAUUCUACUCUGAUUUUCUGAUUUCUUCAUUUUUUCAUAGGUAGGUUUACUAAGCAAAAUUAAAGAAAUACUGCUCAAAAAGGAGUGCAGGCUCUCAAGGGAUGAGACUUUAAAUGUUUUAGUUAUAUCUUGAUUAAUUGUAAAAUUUGCUUUGAGAUCUUUCUCGAUGAUUUGGGGAAAUCAUUAUUUCUGUCAUCAGAAUGUGUUUCUUGCUUCCUUUUCAUUGAUGUGUGUUGUGGUUGGUAGGGAAGCAAACUUGAUACAUGUUCAAUUCUGUGUUCAUUGUAAAUGUAGGAACUGAUAUAUGUUCACCAUCCAAAGAUGACAUUUCUGUAUGUAUUUGGUAGGCGUUAGUAACUUUAUGCCAUAAGAUGAUAGAAGAGACAUUGGUUUACCAUAAUGUGAUAUAUUUAUUUUUUUUCUUUGAUUCGACCCUUGUAUUCUAUGUGAUUAUUAUUAUUAUUAUUAUUAUUAUUAUUAUUAUUAUUGGUCUUUUUGAGACAGGGUCUCACUGUACAGUUCAGGCCGGCCUUGAGCUCACUUUGUAGCUGAGGGUGGUUUCAAAUUUGCAAGGAUCCUUCUGCCUCAGCCUUCUGAGUGCUGGGGUUACAGAUAUGCGCCACCAUACCCGGUUUCUAUGUAAUUUUUAGA